UCCUUCCAGACCACACCACUGCCUAUCUUCCACACAAGAGUUAGUCACUGAGCAGCAGCGAGAAGGGGAGGACGCACGCAUCUCUUCCUCCUCACUGCCAAAGACAAUCCGUGGACACAACAAGUAUGAAUCGGUUAGCGGUGUUCCUCCUCCUCGCUCUGGCGAGCACAGUGGUGGCCGGGGAUAUGAUGAGGAAAUCCAUCGUGUUCGACAAGGCGACUCCAGAUGUGUUUUAUUGCCCCGUUGAUAAGCCCACGUCCUUUGAGAAGAUGCUGGUCCACUCCAGGCCACUCAACAGCCUGUGUGAAUUCGACGGCAAAGGGCUUCCCAGGGACUACAAGAGUGACUGCUACAACGACGUGGACGAGAGCGAGUACGCCUGCAAGGAGAAGAAGAGGAUCAUGAUACGCCAGGAGACCGAGGAGGUGGAGAGAGAGAUGCUGCAGGCGACAACAAGGGCUGCUAACAACAAGGUGUAGGGCUCACUAACUUCCCCCGGACCCCGCCCACCCACCGGACACAGACGCGCCUCCACCCCCCCGGCAGUGAGAAGCUUGAGAUGAUACGCCGUCGCCGACUCAUGCGUCUGCAAGCCAUCAGCAGUGGCUGAAAUCGGGAUGCUGAUCUACGCGUGUGUGUGUGAGCGAGUGUGUGUGUGUGUGUGUGUGUGUGUGU